GAGUCAUUGUACCGCAAGGCCAAACUGGCGCCCUGUCUGCGCAUGCGCACUACUGAGCCUCUAAGGAAAGAGAAAGAAUUGUUCGGUAGUGGACUACAGGCGAAAACAACAUCGUAAGAAAGAUGUCAGGAUUCCUGGAUGGUAUCAGAUGUGGGGAUUGUGAAUGCAACAUCGACUGGGGAGAGAAAAGAAACACCAUUGCCUCAAUAGCGGCUGGAGUAUUGUUCUUCACAGGAUGGUGGAUCAUAAUCGACGCCGCCAUAAUGUACCCCAAAGAGGAGGACUUUCACCACGCGUACCAUACCUGUGGAGUCAUCGCCACUAUAGCGUUCCUCAUGAUCAACGCGGUGUCAAACGGCCAGGUGAGAGGUGACAGCUACAGCGAAGGCUGCAUGGGACAGACAGGUGCGAGAGUGUGGCUCUUCAUCGGCUUCAUGCUGGCCUUCGGCUCUCUCAUCGCUUCCAUGUGGAUUCUCUUCGGAGGUUUCGUCGUGCCUGCAAAGGCAGCAGUGUAUCCUGGGAUCGCGGUUUUCUUCCAGAACGCCUUCAUCUUCUUUGGGGGUCUGGUGUUCAAGUUUGGACGCACAGAGGACUUGUGGCAGUGAAAAGCCCUCUCUGACCAUCCAUCACCCUCUGUACUAUUUCUCUUUUUUCCUCUAUCAUUUCCUCACCAUUUCCCCCGAUUCAUGAGCAGCCCUUUCCUGCGUCGCUGUUGUACAAACCACAAAGUCUGACGCCUCAGAAUUCGCACUGGAUGUCUUUUUUUUUAAUUUUUUAUUUUUUAUUUUGGAUCCAUAAAAAAGGAAAAUAGAGAGAGAGACAGAGGGAAAACUGACAUAGCGAAGGUGUUUGUUUGUUUUUGUUGCACUCCUGUUAUUCACCUUGCACUGUUUUUUUUUAGCUCUAGUCGUUCCCUAACCCUCGGAGCGUGUGGUGGUCUGGGAAAACCCUUCAUCAGAUAUUUUAUACAAGCUAGAAGAGGAAGAUGCCCCGCCUACUUCUACAUUCAUACACUACUGUCAGGGAAAAACGAGAAAUGCAAUCCUUAGAUAAAUGAAAUGAAUCAGUUUGAGUUAAAAAGGUAAAAACUCCCAGGAUUUAGACACGAGCCUCGUCGCCAUCUCUUCCCUCGUCUAUUAAACGUCUUUAUUUUAAUAAUGUCCUCCCUGAUUUUUCUUUUUCUUUACCUUUUCCCAGACCACCACAUGUAUUUACCCCAAUGUAUGGGAGUCGUAUUUACUGUGUCACUGGGAUAUUAUCAGCAGUAGUUUACCUGCGAGUGGGACCCUUAUGUGUUAAUGUUAUGCUUCCUAACAUGCUUAUGGACGUCUGGAGUGUGUGCGUUAAUGGGAUUCAAACGCAAACCAGCUUCAUCGAAAAACUGCACUGUAAAAAGCGAAUUCGAUGCAAGGAAACGUUUUGAAAGCCCUCUGAUUUUGUUUUAUUUUCUAUUUUUCGUUCAUCCGUUUUUUGUUUUUCUGUUUUUUAAAUCGCAAGCCUCUCAUUAAAUAUUCCGCCAUUUUCUCAUCUUUUUAAAAAAUAAAUGCAAAUACACGCUCUAAACAGCUUGGCGAAUACUUUUCCGCCGUUCCAUAUCACGUACCCAUUUCGUACGCUUUACGUUUGCACUGUAUUUAUGUAACACGGCUGCCGUACGGCGAAUACGUCAGAAAUGCAAGCACAAAAAAACAUAAUAGAAAAACAUAAAUAAUAAUAAAAAAUAUAUAUAUAAAAAAAAAAAAAAAAUCACGCAGCCUGUCAGGUUUGUUAAACGAAAACGCCAGAGAGAAAUGUAAACUCUCAUUUCGUUUAACAGAUUUGUUUUUGGGGUUUUUUUGGUUUUGUUUUGUUGUUUUUUUUGCAACUGUAUUUGUCAAAACAAAUAAAAUGACAGAAAAUCCCUCA